CGCGCGGACGCGAAACCGGACGUGUAACGCUAUCCAGAACUCCCGGAGGGGACGAUCUUCCGAGACCGAAGUCAGCCGUUGACAGUGACAUUAUGGAGUGAUUCAAUCGACUUCGUAGCAGAUACUAAAAUGGACGCCGAGGCAGCGUUACUGGAAAACUCGCCGACUUUGUCGACGAUAUCGUCGGAUUCUACGGAUGCGACAUACUCGGGACCCGGCUCGCCCUAUUCCCCGGAAUCACCGAUCAUCGUCACGUCCUCCUAUAAAAAAAUACGUGACGAUGAAGUUACACCCAGACCAACGCCCAGAUAUCCACUGCCAUGCAGGAAGCCGAGCUUCCGGAUACGACCACCCUACCUCAUGAUCUGUAUCAGUAUCAUUGAGAUAACCGUCCACUGCCUGGGAGACGAAGCGACGUUACGGAGAUGGUUGGUCUACGAUCCCCGUCAGAGGGUACAGGGCUGGAGGUUUGCCUCUUACAUGCUGCUGCACUCGAACGCACUUCAUCUCGCACUCAACGUGGUCAUUCAGCUGGUCCUGGCUACCCCACUCGAGGUGGAGCAAGGACGAAUAGGAGUGGCGACUAUCUAUCUGGGCGGCGGAGUCUGCGGUGCUCUAGGAGCGUCGCUUCUGCAACCAAGUCUUUAUCUGGUUGGCGCUUCGGCAGGUGUUUAUGCGCUACUCACUAGUCAUCUUGCUCAUCUCUACCUGUGUCACGGCGAGCUACGCUACGCCGGCUGGCGUCUCGGGGCCGUGUUGCUGCUGGCUGGUGCGGACGUCGCGUCGCUGCCCAUUCCGGCGUUGCUUGGAUGCGGUCGGGUCGGUUGGGCGGCGCACGUCGCGGGCGCGCUAGCGGGUCCGCUUCUGGGUCUGGCCGUGUUCCCAAACCAGAGCAAGAAAGAUGCCCGGGGCCGUAGAUUCGUGCGAUACGUGCGGCUGCUGUCGGCCGUGAGCGUGAUGCUGCUGAUCGUUGGCGCCAUCCUCGGCAACGUCUACUUGAUCGCCCUGCCACAGCUCAGGAAGCCGUCCUGACAGAGGAUCGAGAUGCUCGUCAAGCUCUGCAGACGGUCCUUCCUGAUCGUGAAGAUCCGGGAGGCCGCCGAGAGCGUGUUCGAGUAGGCCCAUGCAAUCUCGCGGGAUCCGUGCAAUCGAUCGCGUAACUGCCAAUGGACUUUCCCACUUCUCAUUCCUCAGAUCUCACGUGAAACUUGUGCAAUCCAAUCUCAUCAUCUAUUAGACAAAAAGUAUUGCACCAAAAUCACGAUAUGCGAUCGUGACUUUAGGCAAUUUGUGCGAAAAUUUUCACAUCUAACUCCAGAUGAAGAUCAUGUGAUCGGUACACUGAGCCAUUUGUGAAGGAACUUAGGCGAGCUUUACGCUCAGUGAAUUAGUAAAGAAGAAACGCCAAAGAUCGAUGGCUAAUCGAACUUGGUAUUUGCUGCCAUUAGAAUCUCUAGGAUCUUGAGGAUUCAUUGCGGAGUAUGCAAUAGAAUCUUAGAAGAAAGGUGAUUCUUCGUCUAAUACUUUGAUAAAUUUGAUAUUACGAACAUUGGUGAAUCGUCACGACUUUUUCUAUGGACAGGUAAGACGUUUAAAACUGCCGACCACAACCCUGCCAGUAAGAGAGGGUUGUAAAUGUAACAUUUAAUAACGCGAUUCUCAAUGAUUUCUCGUUAUAUCAAUCUCGGUAUAUGAGCGAACAAGAUAAAUUAUGAAAGUGUGAAAUGUGUGUAUAAUAAAAAUGAGAAAAAUUUCUCCUAUAACAAUGUAUGAGGCUGACACGAAUAUACAUUGACAGUGCAUGUAAGUCUGUCCAGCAAUGGCAAACGAUUGAUAUUGUAGAUUGUGAAAAGUAAUUUAUUUAAAUAAACACAGGAGGCUAUUGUUAUGAUUCGCGUGGUAAAAACCGCGAUUUCGAGUUAAAGCUAGUAUGUCACAACGUUGAAGACAAUGGGAUACCUUCAUUCUUUCUAUUAUUCAUAUUUAGCGUGUACGAGAUGUGUAAGAAGAUGUAUAAAAUAAAGCGAUCAUAUUACUAACAUAAACGUGUUAUGAUAUAACGAAAAUUUUAUUAAUGGCAAGAUAAAUGUAUUGAUCGUUAAUAAAACAAAGUUUAACAACGUGCGACUGAUCUUGAGCUGCGAAACUGUAAACUCUCCGUACAAACUAAUUCGCUGUUGUAGAAGUAACAUCGUAAUCCCAAAUCAUCUUUUGACGUUAUCAAUUAAUUGUAGAACAAGAAGGUAACGGAAUUAGGAGUCUAAAUUGAAUUCCUUCGCGUUAAGCCAGAGUCCUGCCAUGUUUUCCGAUAAGUGUGCAAAAGAAGAGAUCUUUUAUAGCGUAAUCAUAACGCAAAGAUAAUCGCGUUUCUAUUUACGAAGCUGUAAAACUUGCGAAAUAUUUAUAGCGUAGCGUAGCGUCUUUAAUCACGAUGUGCGGUGUUUGUUAAGAGAGCUCAUAUGCAUACAGAUUUGGAGGCGUUCAUCAAUUUUCGACCGUGUUGUUUCUCUCCGCUUCAAUUUAUCAUAGCCAACAAUCGACGCUACCCAUCGAACGGUAACAUAAAUUAUCGUUAUUACAGCUUGAAUUAACAGCUCGGUUAAACUUAUGCUCGUCAGAAUUUUCUGAUUAAUAAUUCUGAUAAACAAUUAGACGGAGACAAGGCGCUUCGGAUAACGAUCGUGACUCGCUUUAUGAAAUUGGUAUCUAACACGGAAAAAACGAUUACGGCGCGGUUGCCACGAUCAAAG